UUUCAGUCUUGUUCAAGCUUUCAGAUAAUACAAAGCUACCAUCGGAAUCCGAGGUGGUAGUUGCGAGUAUCGCUUACAGCAUUUCUGCAAGAGAUUCGUCCGGUAGUUCAGAAGAAGUGUUUCUGUGUGUUGUCGGAUAUUGACAGUUCAAAAUUUGUAUGUUUUGUUUAUGGAUAUAACUGGAUGAUGCUAAUUCAACGAUAAUAUGGUCCCUACGGUAAUUCUUCUGAAGGGGAUGGAUCAGGUCCAUCAACGAUGACCUCCUCAGCAUAUUUCUCGGAUCUUGCGAGGCCAGGGGCCUAACGAUGCGCGAAGAAGAAUUAGAAGUAGCCCUUAAGGUGGUGAUUGUGGGCAAUGGUGGUGUCGGGAAAUCAAGCAUGAUCCAACGAUACUGCAAAGGCGUUUUCACCAAAGACUAUAAGAAAACAAUAGGUGUAGAUUUCUUAGAAAGACAAAUAGAGGUAGAUGGUGAAGAUGUGAGGUUAAUGUUAUGGGAUACAGCUGGACAAGAAGAAUUCGACGCCAUUACCAAAGCUUAUUACCGUGGAGCACAGGCAUGUGUCUUAGCUUUUUCUACCACUGACAGAGAUUCCUUCGAAGCUGCCCAUUCGUGGAAAUUGAAAGUCGAAAACGAAUGUGGUGAAAUUCCAACUGUGAUUGUUCAAAACAAAAUAGACCUACUGGAUCAGUCAGUUGUAAAUCCAGAAGAAGUUGAACUUCUUGCCCGUGCUCUUGGUUGUAAACUAAUAAGGACCUCGGUGAAAGAAGACCUAAAUGUGGCUACAGUUUUCCGACAUCUAGCCUCAAAGUGUUUGACAGAAUUACACGACACCCAUGAUUUUGACUACAUCACAGCGCCUACUCACCACCACCUUCCCAACGCCUUAACAAUCAGUGCCUUUAGUCCUAGUCAUUCUUCCAAAAAUCAUAAUAAUGGAACUAUAGUGUUGCGACCCAAUAAAAAUCACAAAAAGAAAAAGAAUGUUUUGAAGAAUGCUUGUAAAAUAUUGUGAUUUUUCAGCUCAAUUAUGUUAGAAGUGAUGAAUCGCCAUGAAUAGUUCAGUUUUGUUUUCCCCAAAGUGCAGAAAGAUUUUGAACCAAUUCACGUUAUAUUCGACAGGCCUAAUGGUGAAGUGCUAAUAUAAUUUUAUUUAUAUUUAUUUUGACUCCACUAGGAUUGUUUUCUAACAAAGAAGGUAUCUUUUGAAACCCCCCUUAACUAAUUUGGAUAACUUCCAACAAAUUUUGAAAUUCUUGUGCUAUUUGGAAUAUCACAUGUGAAAUAUUUUUUGAAUAAGAUAAGUUCAAUGUUUCUUCGAAAAUGAUCAUAUCUGAUGUUUGUUUUGUCAUGUUUGUAUAAUGAUUAUGAGUUAUAUUUUAUUCAGUGUGUUCUUAUUAGAAACUAUUGAAAGUUA